GAGAGAGAGCCACAUAAAUAUUAUCCCCAUAAUAUCAAAUAUUAGACAGAGACCAUAAUGGCAUUAUCCUUGUCUUCCACAACUGCAAUUACAUGCUCCAAGCUCCGUGACAAUUCAAGCCUUCAAUUCAACACCUCAAACACCUACAGACGAAGUCCAAAUGCAGUGAGCGUCAAAUGUGCAUCGACAGAGCCACCGGCAGCAGGGGCCGGAUCGGCGGGGAGGAAAUCCAAGCUUGAGAUAGGCUCUCCUAUCAUCGUAGUUGAGGCUCCAAGAAUGAUAAAAACCGCGGCAUCGGUUCCAUGCCUCAGGGUCAACUCCGGCUUGGUCAAACCCGGUGAUGUUGGAAGAAUUGUGUCAAGAAAGCCUAAGGAUGUGUGGGCAGUACGGCUUUCAAUUGGCACUUAUCUCAUUGAUGGCAAAUACUUCAAGCCCUUAGAGAUUGACUCAUAGAUGUUGUAUUUUUACCUACUCAGUUCAUAGUGCCACAAAUCUCUGUUUUAAUUCCUUUUCCGUAAUGUUAAAGGAAAACCCUCUGAGGCUCUUCCUAGUACGCCGAAAAAGAAGAAGGAAUAUUUACUAUUCUUCAUGUCCUAAAUGUUCUUCCCUACCUCGUGCCUUUAGCAGUUAUAUUUGAUAACUUUGCAACAGGGUGUAUACCAGUCUUAUUUAAUACAAGUUGUUUGCCCUUCAAUUUUAGUCAA